CUAAACUUUCGCUUUCGGGUUACUGUGGACGGGAGAUGGCGCCGAUUCCGAAGACUGUGGGGCGGAUCAAGCUAGACUGCCCUCUCAGGCCCGGCUGCCCGCUGGGGGUCGCUGCUGUCCCCCAACUCUGCAAGGAAUUCGGUCCAGAGGACUAUGGUGAAGAGGACAUAGUGGAUUUUCUUCGACGGCUUGUGGAGAGUGACCCCCAGGGCCUGCACCGGAUCCAUGUGGAUGGGAGCAGCGGGCGGCUGCAGCUGUGGCACCAUGAUUUCCUCCAGGAUCACUUCUCUGAUGAGGGGGAAACGACUGAACAGAGUGACAGGGGCAAGGGGUCUGAGGGACUGGGGACCUACUGUGGUCUCCGUAAGUCUUUCCUAUACCCUUCCCAAGGAUCUGAGCCCUGCCCUCAAAGCCCCUCUGCCUCUACAUCCUUCCCCAGAGUCUCAGACAGCCUGCUUCAGGUGGCCAUGCCCCAGAAACUCCUGGUGACUGAAGAGGAAGCCAACCGCCUGGCUGAGGAGCUGGUGGCUGAGGAGGAGCGCAUGAAACAGAAAGCAGAGAAGAGACGACUCAAGAAGAAGCGUCAAAAGGAACGAAAACGACAGAAGCGUUUGGAGCAGGAUGGUGGGGAUCACAAGGCCAACACUGCCCCAGAUGGGGACGAGAGCCCUCCAUCCAGUCCCAGGAACCCCACUCAGGGACAAUGCGGUGAGGAAGAGGACUCACUGGAUCUAUCUAGCACUUUUGUAUCUCUGGCUUUGCGCAAGGUUGGGGAUAGGCCCCCCGGUACCUGCAGAGAGAAGGGACUGAGCCAGGAGCCCCAAGGCAGGGGCCAAGGCCCCCAAGAGAAGAUGGGCCAAGAGGAAGGGAGCCCUCCAAGAGAGGAGAGGCCCAGGCAGAGUCCUAAGUCACAGGCAUCUCCGGGACUGCUGGCAGCUGCCUUACAACAGAGCCAGGAACUGGCAAAGUUGGGUACCAGCUUUGCUCAGAAUGGUUUCUACCAUGAGGCCGUGGUCCUCUUAACCCAGGCCUUGAAGCUCAAUCCUCGGGACCACCGGUUAUUUGGAAAUCGUUCCUUCUGCCAUGAGCGGCUGGGUCAGCCAGUGUGGGCACUGGCCGAUGCCCAAGUUGCCCUUACCCUCCAGCCUGGCUGGCCCCGGGGCCUCUUCCGCCUGGGCAAGGCCUUGAUGGGACUACAGCGCUUUGGGGAGGCAGCUGCUGUGUUCCAGGAGACCCUGAGAGGUGGGGCCCAGCCUGAUGCAGCCCGGGAGCUCCACUCUUGCCUUCAACAGCUCGGUCUGCAGGAUCGGCGAGGAAGGAUCCAAGCACCACCUCUAUCAACUGGGGUACCCAAGCCAUCUCCCCAUGCUGAGCUGGGAGCCUCAGGCCUACCCUCCCUCAGUUUCCAUCAAAGUACUGCUCCAGGGGCCCCUGGCCUUCUGUCUCCACCCUUGCGUUAUAUCCCGUGUCACCUGAGUCACCCCAACUGGCUCCCAGCUCAGAAUAGAAGACCCCACCCUCUCCAUCUCCAGGACCCAUCAAAGGGCUUGAGCCCCAGCAGCUACCUCAGGCCAGGUGAGGGACGACCUGUCCCUCAUAGGGCACGGCCAUGUGUACAUCCCACAGGGAUGGGGGACACGGUGUGGUGACAGUUCACUGCAUAUUUUGAGGCCUCAUUCUCUAAAUCCAUAAGUUAAGAACACCCCAGGCAGUCAUUCCUCCUGCCAUAGAAAAACUUCUGAUGAGAGACGGGAGCUCCACAUCCACCAAAACAUCCUUUCUUAGUUUCUCAAGCAGAGUGGCUUCUUCUGGGGGCAGUAAGGAAAGAUAAAAUCCACCAAGGCUCAAGAAGGGAACUAUAUAGAAGUUCAGGUUGUUAGACUAUUUCAGGGCCAGCAAGGAGGUAUUUGGGGCUUAUUCUGCUUCUUGGCCCUGGGGGACUUGUUCACCAGCUAGAGGUCGGUGCUCAGGAAUGGGAUCACAGUGAUGAAGAGGGCUUGAGUCUCGCCCUUCAGCUUGAUGGAUACUCACCUCUUCCUAACCCUAGUUCUUGCCCUGCUUUCUCCAGCCAUAGCACCAGUUUGCUCCUAGCCCCUUGUGCCCUGUUUCCUGCCCACAUAGCUAUGCACACUGACCCCUCCUUUGUCCAGUGGUCUGAUGCUCACCUACUCCCACUGCUAGAAGAUUCACCAAGGGUUUGCAUGUGGGAAGUCCCUUGCCAGCCUCUGCCUAGAGCUGGCAGGGCCCACACAUGUCCACACUCCCCAGUGCCAACUGUCCUGCUGAAUAGGGCCUUGGCAGGCCCCAGGCUGCUACUACCUUGGCCACUCUUUCCACCCCAGCAUUGGGCAUUGGAAUUAGCCUUUCUCCAUGUGAAUUACUGUUUUUCCAUCAAGGGUCACCACCCCGAAGAAGGCUAUAUAAUUCUCUGCUCCUUGUGUAAGAAUCAUGAUUUCUUUUGGGUUUCUCCUCUAAGAUUCUGGCAGUUUCUUUUUAGUUCAUUUAAGUGUAGAUUUGCAGGGGACUUUUGGCCACACCUCCUCCCCCCCAACACGUGCUUUUUCCAGAGGAACCAUUCAUCAGGAUAAAUGAUUCUUGGUGCCCUAUGGGUCUUGCUUAGUACCCUUUGCACCUGGAGAUAAGAGGCAUUGAAACAUCUCUUUUAUUAAGGACUUUCCCAAAUUUUAAAAAAUUGUUUAUGGUUUAGGCCCCUUAAAUAUUGUGUAGCAGGAUGAAGUCUGCUGUCAGUAGCUGGGUCGCCUUGGGCAGUUUUCUCAACAUCUAAGCCAGUGCCUUUAUCUGUAAAAUGGGGGCAAUUCCUACCUCACAGGGCUGUUGUGAGGAUUGAAAGAGAAAAUGUAAGAAAAUACCAACUAAGUGCCUGGUACAUAGUGGGGCUAAUAAACCGAUUUUUAUCUGCAA